AUGCCUAAUGAUUACUGUACAAGCCUGUGGGGGCUGUGUUAUGAUCUGGAGUUCCUGCAGUUGGUCAGGUCCAGGUUCAGCAACAGCAUGCGCUCACAGAAUGAGAGCCGCGGCGCCGAUCCUGCUCCACCUGGAAAAACAUGCUGGCUGCAGGACGAGAGACAGGAGCGGGACAGGAGAGUGGCGGAAGGCAAACAGACAGCAGUCCGAACUGCUGUGGUCAUCCCGGACAGCAGCCCGGAGCAGCAGCAGGGCUCACUGGACCCCAGUAGGCGGCACCGGACGGCCUUCACACGGGAUCAGGUGUCCCGACUGGAGCAGGAGUACCGCAAUGAGAGUUAUGUGUCCCGGGCUCGGCGCUGCGAACUGGCCGCAGCACUCAACCUUCCAGAGACUACGAUAAAGGUGUGGUUCCAGAACAGGCGUAUGAAGGACAAACGUCAGAGGCACUCCCUACAUUGGUCCCACCCACUCAUCAACCCACUGGGCACACUUCUGAUGGGUCAUGCUUCUCCAUCUUCUAACCUGAUUUACCCGUUUUCCACAUCCCAACUGCCCCACCUACCUUUGCAGCACUACUGUCCACUGACUUUUUCUGGUAUGAUACAUGGUCCACACAGUGCACUAAUGAAGCAGCCAGAGCGUUUCUCCCUCUCCCAACAACACAACAAGCCUGGGGAGGGGCCUCCAACAGCCGUACUUGUUUAUCCCUCUCCUGGCGUCAUGCACCAUCAUGUCUCAUGUCAUUGCUCCUUUUGCCCUCAAUGGGGACAGCAAGAUCUUCAUAAGGUCCAGUGGGAAAUGAAGGGACUGAGCCAUGCCAACAGCUCUGCAGCCAAAAAACAGACUGGUUCUCUGCAGCAGAGGGACGAAAAAGUGUGA